AAAACCCCCAGUCUCGUCUACGAGCUAGCAAUCGAGAAAGCAAAAAAAAAAAAGUUAGCUGGAGAUUAUUGAAGAUGACUGAUCCAAAGAAGGGGCGUGUGCAAUGGGAUGAAGCUAACAUCGUGGAGAUUGAAUCUAAUAAACCUGUUAGGCAGAAGAUCACUGAACCUAAGACUCCUUACCACCCCAUGAUUGAUGAUGAUGAUGAUGAAGACAAUGAUGGUUCUUUGUCUCCUAGAGGAGGCAGGUCGUUCAACGAAUGCGUUGAUGAUAUGCAACGUGCGGAAGAACUGAAGAAUGUUCUCAAUGGUGAAGCAGCUUCUUCCAGUAGAAAUGCUAUCCAGGGGUCUAGUUCUGGUGGUGGCUGGAGCUCGUCUGAUGAUGAAGAAGCAGAUCCAGUGGAUCAAGAUGAUGAUGGUUUGGAAGGUGAGAAAAAUGGGAGGUUCAGUGAACUCAGAAGAGUACAUUACGAUGAGUUCCGGAAGGUGAAGGAACUGAGGUCCCUAGGGUCCUUCUACGAAGAAGAAGAAGAUGAGGACGAGGAUGAUGGCGCGAGUAAAGCAGAGGCUGUAACAACAUCACCACACAGCGAAGGCGUUAACAAAGAGGUAGAAGCAGCCGGGAAGUCAUCUUCAUCUUCAACUUGAUGAUAUGAUGAUACCUCUGAGUUCAAUCAAGAUGUGUACUCUUGUCCAGGUUUUUAUCAUUUAUAGAGCUAUCUCUGUCUUUGUAUUGCACAAAUUUAAACCUUUUUAAAAGGAAAAAAAUUCAAGAUUCUGAAACUAUGGAAUUGCUUACAACAUUUUAAUGCAAUUGCUUACAUUCACUAUAUUGUUCUUGCGGAAAUUUUAUCAGUUCUGAUUGUUUAGUGUUUCCGUUUGACCAUUUUCUUAAUAAACC